GGAUGGAUUUUUUCUCAGGCGGGUUCUUAAACACGCUUCUCAAAAUUGAAAAAUCAAAGUCUUUUCCAAGCGCGGCAUGCUAAAGUGCUAUUUUUAAGUAAAGACCCAAAAAAAUUAAAAUCCCUAGUUCACACUUCUCAGACCCUCUUAUCUUCAUCGUCCUUUUCCAGUUCUCCCUCACUCCUCUGUUCUGUUAGCGAGUCAUGGUGGGUCGAGCCCUGAAUUCCGACCACCUUGGAUAGCCCAUACGAGCCGGUGACCGUGUCACUCGACCUCAAUUUGCUGGACAGAGAUCCCAGAGUUAGCCGCCAUGUUAUGGGCUUCGAGCCGAGCAAAUUACGAUUCUGUUUUGAUAUCCUGGAUUAUAGGUUUGUUUUUGUUUUGCAGUUUGUCCCUCCUCGUUCCCAGAAAGAAUCUCAAGGUCAGAGCUUUGACCGACGCCGGAGCUGCUGCCGCGGUUGAUGUUACUCAGCCUUAUUCCGUCAAAAUCCCCGUUGGUGAUAGGCACAUUUUGAUUGAGACAGGUCAUAUUGGGAGACAAGCCAGUGGUUCUCUUACCGUCAUGGAUGGAGAAACUAUUGUUUACACAUCUGUUUGUUUGGCUGAUGCUCCAAGUGAACCUGGAGGCUUUUUCAAACGAGAAGGAACGGCAAAAGAUCAUGAGGUCAUAGUCGAGCAUUUGUCAGUUGAGGAAAUAGCUGGCAUAAAGGAGGCAUUUCAAUUGAUGGAUACUGACAACAAAGGCAAGGUAUCCCUGGAUCAGCUUCGAAAUGGAAUACAAGAACUCAGCUAGCAGAUUCCUGACCGAUCGGGAAAUGAGUCCUCUAUUACAUUUAAGGACACCCAAAAAAUGUGUCCUCUAUCCGGGUGUCAUUAGAAGUCACAUACAAGGACACUGAAACAGUGUCCUCUUUUCCUUACAAGGACACUUGAACUGUGUCCUUAAAGAACAAAGUAAAGUGUCCUCGUAUCUAAUAGAGGACACAUAAAAUGUGUUCUCACAUCAAUAGAAAUAUGUCCUGUUUUCCCUACUAUGACACAUAAACUAUGUCCUCAAAGGUGCAAAAUAAGUGUCCUUGUAUCCUUUAGAGGACAAUAAAACGUGUUCUCAUAUCAAUAGAAAUGUGUCCUCUUUUCCCUACUAGGACACAUUU